AUCAGUAGAACAAGACCAAGGUCGUACAAAUGGAAUUAUUACCUUGGCGGAGCUGAGGUAUAUAAGAUCCGUUCCAGUUGCAUCUGUUCGAAUAGUUGCAUUUUGUAUUUGCCUAAGAAAUCGAAAAGGACUUAAUCUUCAAUCAUGCACGUGAAAUGCACUUGGCUUUUGCUCUUGGUCCUGUCCCUGAUGUCAGGGGCCCUUGCAGGCAGUGGAUGUCCUGCGGGUUAUAAUGCUGAGAACAGUCGGUGCACCAUCGAGCGUCCUGUGCACGGAUCCUGUCCCCCUGGAUCUUCCUAUAGCCUCAACAUUAACAAGUGUGUCCACUCGUAAGGAUCUCAACAAAAUGAAUAUACAGUUUAAAUGUUAAAAUGUGCGAGCAAAUAUAAAAUUAAACGAUCUGCA